AUGGAUAUUUUCGAUAGAAUAGGUGCAAAAGGUGAGAAAAUCAAUUUUGAAAUUGAAUUUCACUACAUUGAAAUUGAGGUUCCACAUGAAACUCAUGUAAAAAUUGAAUGGAAAAGCAGUAAAUUUCACUUUAGGCAAAAAGACAUGUUCGACAGUUCAUCAAAUUAUACCUGACAGUUUACAUGCCAAAGUGGAUAUUGAAGAAACCUUAACUAAUACUCACAUGAUUUAUACAAAAAAGCAUUCAACCGUUGAUAAAAAAAUUGAAUUAAAAGUUCUCAAAGAAAAUAAAGGAAAAACCGAAGAAAUUGGGAAAGUCGUUUUAAAUCUAAGCAGAUGCUUAGAAGCCCCUGAAAUUGGAAAAAUUUACAAAGUAAAAAAAUGCAAAGACAAAAAUGCUCAAAUUUGUCUUUCUGUUAAAGCUCAAAACAUAGGAUCUUCAACUCUAUCUUCAACGCUAGCAGGGUCAAUUAUUGAAAAUGAGAUUAUGGAAAAUCAGUCAACAGAAGCGUUAGUUUCUGAAGGAAUUUUGAAUAGAAUUAAAGAUAUCGAAUAUCAGAUAGAAGAUUCAGAAGCAACACUCAACGAAAUUUUGAAGGAAAAUAAGAAGCUUAGAGAGCAAAUUGAUGAAAAAGAAAAGCUUACAGAAAAAAUCAAAAAGGCAAAAGAGAAAAAAAAUACAAUAAAAGAAAAAAGAGAAAAAAUGCAAAAUGAAAUAGAUGAGAUGAAUGAAAGCUUAUCAAAAUUGAAAUCUGAAAAAGAAGAUAAAAGAAUUGAAAUGAAAAAAGAAUCAGGACUGAAAAAGUGAUUGAUAUUUAGAAAUUAUUUAAUAAAUAAAAUAUCAGAACUCAAAGAAAUUAAAAGAAAACUUAAAAGUGAAGAUAUAAAUAAUGAGACUUCAAGCAUUUUGGAGAAAGAAAUUCAGUCACUCGUAAAUAAAAUGUAAGUUUUAGUGCAGCAAUUAUUCUACAGCUGAAAUAGAAAGAUUUAAGAAUUUAUUGUAAUUUUAAUGUAGAGAGCCAGCUGAGCUUGCAAGAGAAAGAGAUCCUGUAGAAGAAAUGAUUUUAGAUAAUAUGAGAUCAUUAAGACAAAUUACAAAAAGGUAUAGUGCCCAAGGAAGCUGCUAA